AUGCUCAGCGGAUUAAAGUAAUUUAGUAAAUUUUACAAAUUUGCCACAACUCCAGCAAAGUCACCUCGUGUAGCUGUUUUCUCUGCUAAGAAAUAUGAUAUUAAGUUCUUCAAUUAAAUCAACGAAAAGCUGCCUAUUGAAAAAAGAAUCAUAUUUGAUUACUUUGAGGAGGAAUUAAAUGAAAAAACAGCUAUUUUAACUCAAGGAUAUGAUGUUAUUUGUCCUUUUGUGAAUGACAAGCUAAACUAACCCACCAUUCAGACUCUUGCCAAGAAUGGAAUAGAUUUAAUAGCUCUUAGAUGUGCAGGUUUUAACAACACUGACUUAGAAUGUGCAUAAAAGAAUAACAUAAAGGUUGUAAGAGUCCCUGCCUACUCUCCUCAUGCUGUUGCUGAGCAUACUAUGGCUCUCUUACUAUCACUUGUGAGAAAAAUCCACAAAGCAUACAACAGAACUAAGGACGGAAACUUUUCUUUAGACGGUUUACUUGGAUUUGACCUUUACAAAAAGAAAAUCGGUAUUUUUGGAACUGGUAAAAUUGGAUAAACUUUCAUGGGAAUAUGUUAAGGUUUUGGUAUGGAAAUUCUCUGCCAUGACCCUUAUCCUAAUGAGGAAGUAGUAAAAAAGUAUAAUGCUAGAUAUGUUGACUAAGCAACAUUGUUCAAAGAAUGUGAUAUCAUUUCACUUCACUGUCCCUUAACAUUUUCAACUUAAUAUGUUAUUGAUAGAAAAACUAUUGAUAUUAUGAAAAAAGGAGCCAUUAUCAUUAACACAGGUAGAGGAAAACUAAUGAGAACUGAUGAAGUAAUAGCUGCUCUAAAAUCUGGCUAACUAGGAGGUGUAGCUCUUGAUGUAUAUGAGCAUGAAGAAGGAUAUUUCUUCAAGGAUGUUAGUGCCGAUGUUAUUUAUGACGAUGAUUUGGCAAGACUAUUGAUGUAUCCUAAUGUAAUAGUGACUAGUCAUCAAGCAUUCUUUACUCAAGAGGCUAUCACAGCAAUAUGUUAGACUACAAUAGAUAAUAUAUUAAAAAUUAAAGCUAAUGAGCCUUGCGAUAACAUGGUUUUGCCCUUAUAGAAAUGA